GUCACAUGACCUUAGUUUAGGCGGAACUACAGAUUCCGAAAGGAAAAAAUCAUAAUAAGAUGGCUGCGUUGUCGGGAGGAAGUGGUCGGGGGAAAAGCACAGAGCAGGUAUUAGAAGUUGGAACAGCCUUACUGAAGGACUUCAUCUUCGAGCGCGUGCGUCGCUAUGGGGACGAGAACGCCGUGGUUACCCGCAGUCAGCUGGGAGGAACCGAGCUGUGCGACCCUAACCACAAGAAGCUGGCACAGUGCCUGCAGCAGAUCGGAGACGAGCUUGAUGGGAACACGCAGCUGCAGAGCAUGAUAAACGAUUCAUCCCUGAAGCCUUGUAAAGACGUGUUUUUCAAGGUGGCCUGUGAGAUCUUCUCAGACGGCAAGUUCAACUGGGGCAGGGUGGUGGCGCUCUUCUACUUUGCCUGCCGUCUGGUCAUUAAGGCGCUGGUGACCCAGGUCCCGGAUAUUAUCCGCACCAUCAUCAGCUGGACGGUGGACUACAUGCGGGACCACGUGAUCAACUGGAUCAGGGAGCAAGGAGGCUGGGACGGCAUCAGGGCGUACUUCGGCACCCCCACCUGGCAGACAGUGGGAGUGUUUCUGGCCGGAGUCCUGACCACAGUCCUGGUCAUCCGCAAGAUGUGAAGGCUGACAGCAGACAGCUGGAGGGGGAGGGAAAGAGAGAGAGAGAGCAAGCGAGAGAGAGAGAAAGAGAGGAUGCGAGGAGAGGAGAGGAGUGCUGAGAGAAACAGAGGGUCUGGGCAGCCUGUCCAGGAAGAGCACAGCGCUGAGGUCAUCACCCGCUGCUCCUGAGUAUCGCCAAGCUGAGACCAACUCUGUCACGCGGUUACUGGGAGAGAAAGACAGGGAGAGAGAGAGAGAGAGAGGGGAGAGAUGAGGGCGACCAUGUGUUUAUUUCUCUUUUUUGGAUGAAAGACAGGGAAGAUUACAAUGGGCCUGUUACUUUUCUAUCUGUCAGUCAAAAGCCAGGUGUUCAUUCACGCACUCAGCCGGGCUGGUCAGCCGAAAUGCACUCGGACGACGAGUUUCUGUCGUCAGCCGUGAAGGAAGGAGAUACUUCAUCUCCCUCGCCGACUGCCAUAGGGGGAGACCGCGGCGCCCGGCACAGCCCCUCACGCUCAGUCCUCUGUCACCUUCCUCCCGGACUGCCCCUGCCCGUCCUUACUCCGACCCCUUCCCCCUCCCCUUCUCAGUUCUCGUCCCGGCCCCCACAAUGCACUUUGUACCAGCCACACCCAGCAAGAGACCUUUCCUGUGUGGGCGCUUCGAGAUUUCCUGUAUUUUGUGUGUAUUGAAGGUACUCGUAACAUGGACACCAUGGGUGAUCCGCCUCGCUGUAAAACACUCUGCCUUUACCUCUCUCUUUGCAAAACAGUUAUUUCACUUUAAAUCAGUGAUACAAAAAAAUUUUAAUUACUCUGAGAAUUUUAUUAUUAUUUUUUUUAUUUUUUUUUUAUUUUGUGGGGGUUUUUUUUCUUCAAAAAAUGAAAUCUUAUGUUGCCAGUGCCUUCAACCGUGUGUUUCUUUAAAUAUGACUUUGAUAUCUCAUUGUUUUUCAUCUUUUGUACUUUUGUAAGAAGGUCCUCCACAAUAAUCACCCUUUGAAGUGACAGACUGGUUUUGUAUGUUGUGAUAAGACAAUUAAAUUUUUUUUCUAUGGA